AUGACAGAGCCCGAGAAGCAAGAAGCCGAGAAACAGACAGAAGGGCCGACAGAACAAUAUGCCUCUAGGUCCACGGCUGUGUCUGCUCCGCAGGACCCUGAAUCAGGUGUGGACCAAUCGGUGAUAGGCCCCGCAUGGAUGUACAAGCCACUAUUCAAGAUUGGCAAAUGGGAAGCUCCCUACUUUGCCUCACCAGAGGUCCAACUAUACCUGGUGUCAUUUGUCUGUUUUUUAUGUCCCGGCAUGUUCAACGCCGUCAGUGGUCUCGGCGGCGGCGGUCAAAUUAAUACUCACGAUGUGAACAACGCCAAUACUGCCUUAUACAGUACUUUUGCAGUAGUCGGUUUCUUCGCCGGCUCCAUUGCCAAUCGCAUUGGCUUGCGACUCACCCUGUCCCUAGGAGGCUUCGGAUACUUCCUCUACGUUGCCUCGCUCCUCUCGUACAAUAUCAACCAAAAUGCGGCCUUCCUCAUCUUCGCCGGAGCCCUGCUCGGUAUCUGUGCUGGUUUGCUGUGGUGUGCUCAGGGUGCGGUCAUGUUAAGUUAUCCACAUGAGAACGAGAAGGGAAAGUACAUUGCUAUCUUCUGGGUGAUUUUCAACUUGGGCGGUGUCAUCGGUAGUCUGGUCCCUCUCGGUCAGAACAUGCACUCGACCGCCGGAAAUGUCAACAAUGGCACCUACAUUGCCUUCCUUGUUCUCAUGGCCGUUGGCUUUGUUCUCUGCUGGUGUCUCGUCGAUUGCAAGCACGUCAUGCGUAAGGAUGGCUCGCGCGUUAUCGCGAUCAAAAAUCCAACCUGGAAGUCCGAGUUUUGGGGUCUCUGGGAGACAUUGAUCAAUGAUUCGUACAUUGUGCUGAUGUUCCCCAUGUUUCUGGCCAGCAACUGGUUUUACGCAUAUCAUUUCAACGCCGUCAAUCUCGCCUAUUUCAAUGUUCGCACUCGAGCCCUGAACAGUCUUCUGUACUGGCUGAUGCAGAUGGUGGGUGCAUUCGUCUUCGGCCAAUUAUUGGAUUUGAAUGUUUCGCGUCCAUGGCGCGCCAAACUUAACUUCGGCAUUCUCCUCGCUAUCACCAUGAGCAUUUGGGGGGAGGGUCUCGGCAUGGAUUUCGCCGACAGAGGCUACGUUGGACCCAUGUUCCUUUACAUGUUCUAUGGAUUCUACGAUGCUGCUUUCCAAACCUGCACUUAUUGGUACAUGGGUUCUCUCUCCAACAACAGCCGCAAGUUGGCCAACUUUGCUGGUUUCUACAAGGGUAUUCAAUCUGCUGGCGCUGCUGGAAUGUGGAGCCUGGAUGCACAUGAGACCGCAUACAUGACAGAAUUUGCGACUUGCUGGGGUAUGCUGGUCGGCAGUAUGCUUAUUGCAUCGCCUGUGAUCUUCUUCAAGGUCAAGGAUAGCACUACCGUCGAGGACGAUCUACGAUUCUCCGACGAAACCGCCGCCGAAGUCCUAGGCCAUGCUACUAAAACGUCUGAUGAUAAGCCUCAUACCGAAAUACACACUCCUACCGACACUAUUCGCGACUCUCACGAGGAGACUACCACCAAAUAA